UUUCAUUCGUGGUGAUGACGAUGGUCUCGGGUCCGGCAACAGAAACCUACCGGUCAAACGAACUACCAUUCCUUGCGAAGCAACCAAAAAGAUUCGUCUUCGUCACGCCCUUUUAGCUUCUCCAGUUCGUCAAGUCAUUCUUCGUGACUUGCCGUGCUUGGAGUCGACACAGGCCCACAGGCUCACCGUUUCGUCCCAACGCGUAACCUCAUCUCUCUGUCUCGCUGCGAAACAAGAAGAGGGGGGAGAGUUUCUGGGAGUCGUCAAUCGAUCCCAAGGAUUACAAUGGCGAGGCCUGCGAACAGGAUUAUUAAUGCCAAGCUGGUGGGUGCUCCUGGGGGACAUGGGAACUGGGAAAACAAGUUUGGUGCUGAGAUUCAUAAAAGGCCAAUUCUUUGAUAGCCAGGAACCAACAAUUGGAGCUGCAUUUUUCACCCAGAUAUUGUCAUUAGCCGAAGCAACGGUUAAGUUUGACAUAUGGGACACAGCAGGACAAGAACGAUAUCACAGCUUGGCCCCUAUGUAUUAUCGAGGAGCGGCAGCUGCAGUUGUUGUAUAUGACAUAUCAAGCGUGGACACAUUUGUUCGAGCCAAAAAAUGGGUUGAAGAACUGCAAAAACAAGGAAACACGAAUCUAGUGAUGGCGCUGGUGGCGAACAAAUCUGACCUGGAUCCGAAGCGCGAAGUGCAAAAUGAGGACGCAGAGCAAUUUGCUCAAGAAAAUGGGAUGUUCUUCAUAGAGACUUCAGCCAAAACUGCACAAAAUAUCAACAACCUUUUUUUUGAAAUUGCAAAGAGAUUGGCAAGAGCCUUACCACUAAGGACUAACGGGAUAAACUUGAGCAGUGAAAAAGAAGAGAAGCGAAGAAAACGUUUCUGUUGCAUUGGGUGACCUGACAGCUGCGCCGGGAGUGAUAGGAUCACCAAGGUUCAUGUAUAUAUCACGUGUGUGCUUUUUCUUCGGACACCGUUCUUGUAGUGUCCUGCUCUCUUGUACUUUUCAAAUCCGUGUAAAUUAUUUGCACUUCGGUCGCUCACUUGCUUUAUAA